UACAAUCCGGGAGUGUUCAACUUGUUUUAUUGUGCACCAUCCAACUUAUAAAUUCAAACAAUUCUUUCUGUCCAUCACCAAUUGACUCUAUGAUGCACUGGAUUCAUAUCGCUCCUCGCUUCUCCCUCCUUGCCUCCAACAAAUCCCUCAGCUCGCCAAUAUUUUCUUGGACGACAUCGCAAUGCACGGCUUUCUAUAUAAGCGCAGAACCCUGUACACACUCUUCUUCCACAUGCUGACCGUGCUCCAAAGUGCCUCCCUCUUUCGACGUUCAGGUCUGAAUAGCUUCUACUUUACCGAUUCCAUUCCACAUGCAAAGAGGGCUUUGAGCAGCUACGAACUAGCAAGUCCUACUCAGAUACCGCAUAUACGACUCCUCGGAGGCCUAUAUUCACAUGGCAUUUAUCAAGGGUGAGCUUCGUGCAUGAAGGACGCCUGUCCGCUCCGACACCAUAUGGAAAUG